AUGUUUUUGAAGGCGGGUAGAGGGAAAAAAAUAACAACAGAGAGCGUAGAUGGGCUUGGCUGUGUCGUUAUGGAGCCCCCUUUGAGCAAGAGGAACCCGACACUGAGAUUAGCGGAUUUGGCAGCGGCUCAGCCCCAUCCUCACCAGAACAUGACAGGCUUCCCGGGGCUGGGGAACCACCACGUCCACCCCCACCACGCGGCCCACCUCCACCCCGGGGACGCGGGCGGAGACCCCGGCGGCGCCCUCACGCCGCUCGGACCCGAGCACAUGGCUCAGCCCGCCGCCCUCAAGCUCACGCCCGAGGCGCUCACCGCCGCCGCCGCCGCCUUCGCGCGCCCGCCGCCACCACAGCCGCCGCCGCCGCCGCCACCGCCGCCGCCGCCACCACCGCCGCCGCCUACGCACCGCCCGCCGCCCCUCCCGGGCUACCCGUCGGGGGGGGCGGCGGGCCGGGACUUCCUCCUGCGGCGGGAGCUGCCCGCCGCCGCCGCCGCCGUGCACGGGGCGCUGGGCGAGCAGCACCCGCCCGCCGGGUCCCCCCACCUCCCGCACCCGCCGCCCCACGGCGUCUUCAUCUCGGCCGCCGGCACGUACGGCGCGGCCGACGGGGCGCACGCCGCCUUCCCGCCGCCGCCGCCCGGCGAGCAGGGCGCGCCCGCCGGCCGCCACCCGCCGCUCAACGGGCAGAUGCGCCUGGGGCUGGCGGCCGCCGCCGGAGAGCUCUACGGGCGUGCCGAGGCGCACUAUGGGGCCGCCGCCGCCUCCUCCUCGGCGCUGCAAGGCUACGGUUCCGUCAACCUCAACCUGGCGGCGGCGGCGGCCGGCCACGGGCAUCCGCACCACCCCCAUCCCCACCACCAUCACCACCACCACCACCACCACCACCAUGCCCACGUCGGGGCGGCGGCCGCGGCGGCCGGGGCCUUCCUGCGGUACAUGCGGCAGCCCAUCAAGCAAGAGUUGAUCUGCAAGUGGAUCGACCGGGAGCCGCCGCCGCCGCCUCCGCCGCCGCCACCGGGCGGUAGGAAGCCUUGCUCCAAAACUUUCAGCACCAUGCAGGAGCUGGUGAGCCAUGUCACCGUGGAGCACGUCGGCGGGCCCGAGCAGAGCAGCCACGUGUGCUACUGGGAGGAGUGUCCCCGGGAAGGCAAGCCCUUCAAAGCGAAAUACAAACUCAUCAACCACAUCCGAGUGCACACGGGAGAGAAGCCCUUCCCCUGCCCCUUCCCCGGCUGCGGGAAGGUAUUCGCCCGCUCCGAAAACCUCAAGAUCCACAAGCGGACUCAUACAGGGGAGAAGCCCUUCAAGUGCGAGUUCGACGGCUGCGAGAGGAAGUUCGCCAACAGCAGCGACCGCAAGAAGCAUUCCCACGUCCACACCUCCGACAAGCCUUACUACUGCAAGAUACGCGGCUGCGACAAGUCCUACACCCACCCGAGCUCCCUGCGGAAGCACAUGAAGAUCCACUGCAAGUCCCCGCCGCCCUCCCCGCCGCCGGGUUCCCAGGGGUACGGAGCGACGGGCCCCCCCGACGGCCCGCUGCCCCCCGAGGCCGACCCGGCCGCCGAGCCGCCCCGCGGCCGCGCCGCAGCCCUCUCCCCGCCGGUCACCAACCUCAGCGAGUGGUACGUCUGCCAGGCCGGGGGGGGGGCCCGCCGGCCCCGCACUCCCUCCAGCCGCGACACCUCCCCGGCCUCCGAGGGGGAUGAGCCCCACAGGACCUCGGCGGGCAGAACCGCUCCCUAG